AUGAGGAGCGAUAAUAUACUGAAGAUAUGGCUACUUGGAGCCAUUUCCACGGCACUUGUAGCGAUCGGCUAUCUAGGAAAGCAAAAGUGGACAACUGUGCCACAAUAUGGCACCGCAGAGUCAGUAAGAAAUGAAAUAGAGGAGGCCUUUCUGGAAAGCUGGAGAGAUUAUGAAGAUUAUGCUUGGGGAUACGAUGUUUACGGCCCAUUGAGUCAUUCACACCGAAACAUGCCACGUUCUGGCGAUCCGCUGGGAUGGAUAACUAUUGAUGCUUUGGAUACCAUGCUGCUGAUGUUCAAUAAGACUACGUCAAACAGGGCUGAGUUCUUGAAGGGCAUAUUGGAAAUUCAGGUGUGGACCGCCAAUGAGCUCAAUUAUAAUAUUGAUGCAGAAGUAAAUAUUUUUGAAACUACGAUUAGAAUGCUCGGUGGAUUGCUUUCUGCUUAUCAUUACACCAAACAAUUGAAAAUUGGAAAUCCAGAAAUAUACCUAAACAAAUCGAUUGAUUUAUGUGAUAGAUUGGCGAUUGCGUUCAAAGAUAGGGAGAGUGGUAUACCGUUUUCAAGUGUGAAUUUACAAACAGGCGAAGCCAUAAGAAAUCACGUCAACGAGGGAGCAUCUUCCACUGCAGAAUUCACUACACUACAGUUAGAAUUCAAAUAUUUGUCAUACUUGACCGGAAACGCUACCUACUGGAAUUUGGCUGAAAAUGUAUACCCUGCCCUUUAUGAUACGAAUGACCUGCUGUCUAGGUACCGCGGAUUAGCCCCAAUAUAUACACAACCGGACAGUGGUUUAUUUCAUGGGCAAAACAUCAGAUUUGGAUCCAGAGGUGAUUCUUUUUAUGAGUAUCUUUUGAAACAAUACUUACAAUCCCACGAAAAAAUCUAUUACGAUCUUUAUCGUGAAUCUAUGGAAGGUAUGAAAAAAUACCUGAUAGCAAAAUCUAUACCAAGUGGGUUCACAUAUAUCGGAGAAAGGCCUUAUGGCUUACAAGGUGCAUUAGAUCCUAAGAUGGACCAUUUGGUUUGUUUUAUGGGCGGGUUGUUAGGUAUGGGAGCAACCGAAGGAUUGUCAAUUAAAAAAGCUAGGAAGCAGAGUUUUUGGGAUUCAACUAGAGAGGAAGACUGGAAAUUAGCCCAAGAAUUGACACAUACCUGUUAUCAAAUGUAUCGUCAAAUUCCUUCAGGAUUAAGCCCUGAAAUCGUUGUAUUCAAUGAUGGGAUCACUAAAAUACCUCCUCAUGCUUGGAGUUCCCCUUCUGGUGAUUUCUUCGUCAAACCUGCUGAUAAACACAACCUACAAAGACCGGAAACAGUAGAAUCAAUUAUGUUUCUUUAUCAUCUAACAAAAGAUGAGAAAUACCGCCAGUGGGGUUACGAAAUUUUGUCAAGCUUCAAAGAACAUACCAGUGUAGUAACUCCGGAUUCCAGAAAUGUCUUUGUCUCUCUCGGUGAUUGCAUAAGUUUACCCACACACAAGCGCGAUAAUAUGGAAAGCUUCUGGCUGGCAGAAACUCUGAAAUACCUAUACCUCUUGUUCGAGGAUGAUUUAGAUCUGACUUCCAUUGUUUUCAAUACGGAAGCGCAUCCUUUUCCUGUAUUCGAUCUUGAGAGGUUAGAUGAAAUGCAUCUGAAGACCAACUGGUCACCCUCAGUAGUUAGGCUUUGA